AUGCCUGCUCCGAGACGGUUCCUGGUUGCCUCCACCUCUAUGCCACUUGCUGUGGGAUGGGGCUGGAACGUGUGCGUGUAUCUCGGACUUCUUACCCUCCUUCUGCUUCUGAUAGGACUAGUGCUGUGGAUGGUGCUGAAGCAGCUGAGGAACUCUGUGGGAAACACAGCCAUGCAGUCUGGACGCUCGUUCAGGGAGCCGCACUAUGGAAACUGCAGGAGCAUCAGACUGGCGCUGGGUGGACCCGCUGCAGAUCUGGGUCGAACAGAGCUCACAGGUAACCUGAUCACACUCUUCUCACAUCUCUCUCCCGUUCUGCCUGUAGUGCUCCAGCUUCAGGCUUACAGGGGCAGUGUGAAAGCCUUCGUGCAUUUCAAUGCCAAGCAGGAUGCAGAUACCUUACGAAAAGCCAUGAAAGGAGUCGGCACUGAUGAAGACACCAUCCUCAUGCUCUUAACUGCUCGGAACAAUGACCAGAGACAAGAGAUCAAGGCGGCGUAUAAAAAAGCACACGGCAAAGACCUAGUGAAAGAUCUAAAGUCCGAGUUGGGAGGGAAGUUAGAGGAUCUGAUCAUACCUCUGAUGUCUGCGCCUCGUGUGUAUGAUGCAGAUCAGCUCCACAAGGCCAUCAAGGGAGCAGGUACUAAUGAUAAAGUUCUGAUUGAGAUUUUGGCCUCCAGGACCCCCGAGCAGAAAAAGGAGAUUAACAAGAUAUACAAGAAAGAGUAUGGAGGCAAGCUGGAGAAGGACAUCAUGGGAGAUACAUCUGGACACUAUCAGAGGUUGCUGGUUAUGCUUGCACAGGGAGAAAGGGAGGAGGGAGUGGAUGAAAGCCGAGUGGAGAAAGACGCCAAGGAAUUGUUUGCUGCCGGUGCAAAAAAAGUCGGCACUGAUGAAGAAAAGUUUGUUCAGAUACUGGGAAACAGGAGCAUCGAGCACCUGAGGCAAGUGUUUGAUGUGUAUAAGAAAAUAGCUGGAUGUGACAUUGAAGAGAGUAUUUGCGGGGAGUUUACUGGCAACCUUGAGGCAUUGCUCGUAGCAGUGGUGAAAUGUGUGAAAAGUAUCCCGGGAUAUUUCGCUUACUCCCUGCGUGACUCUAUGAGGCGUGCCGGCACUGAUGAUGAGACUCUGAUCAGGAUCAUGGUGUCCCGGAGUGAGGAGGACAUGCUGGACAUCAGAGCCCAGUACAAGAAGAUGUAUGGAGAAUCACUGCACCGUACCAUACAGGAGGACACUGAUGGGGAUUAUGGGAAGGCCCUGCUCUAUCUCUGUGGUGGAGAUGAUUAAUUCUCAAUUAUUUCUCAAUGUAUGGUUUGCUUGUAUCUGCUCUUUAUUCAUAUUUAUCAUAAAUUCAUAGAUACAUUAUUUUGUAUGUUUUAUAUUACUAAUAGUA